UUUCGUUCGUUUCGUUUGGUUUUGUUUGUUUGGCAAAGAUUUUGGUGGUUUUAUGAGGUGUUGGGUGUUGCUUUCUUUGAAUAAAAGUUUUCAAGUGUGAUUAUUACAAAGUGCCUGCUUUAUUUUUUAACAUCACUUGAGUUAAUUAAAACAUAUGUUUCGGCUCUUACUACAAACAGUAAGGGUGUGGUAGUUUUUGCUACUCGAUCUUAUCUUAAAAUCUGUUGAAAGAUAACAAAUCUUAUUUGCAACAUGAAUCAAUACCAAACAGAACGAAGACUUUGCUUGUGCUAUGGAAUGCUGGCGAUAUUACUAAGUGUUUCUGUUAUAUGCAUUGCAAUUCCGUAUAAUCAUUGGCGCCCAACGCUAGACGUAUGCCUCAGCUCAUGGUUAGAGAAUGCAAACUGUGGCUGUAUAUUAUAUGGAGUAAGCACAUCACAAUACUUUAACGGAGGACACAAUUCAUACUGUCUGUAUACUAUAUUUGCUCCGCUACCACUGAUAGUAUAUUCAAUUGUUAUGGUGUUAUUCCACAUGUAUAGAGUCUGUAUCAAUAAUGUUGGACAAUAUGAGGAUGAAAAGAGUACAGCUAUGGAAGAAAUAGAAGGCGAAGCUAUUGUAGUGACAACAAGGACACGAGUGAGUCAGCGGAAUGAUGCAGUGAUAUACUGUUGGAUACCGACAGCUUGUAUUGCUGCAGUGUUUGCUUUGUACAACCUCGUGCAUGCUUCCAUCAUCACAGAUGGUUUCUUGAAAACCUGCAACCAGUAUCGGUCACAUCUGGGCAGAGAUAUACAUGCUUCAGGGGAUCAAGUAACCGCCAUCCACUUUAGGUUGACAUGCCAAGCUAUUUUUGACUUUAUGGAUUACCUACUAAGGAACCCGCUCCAGUCUUCGGCUAGCAGGGCAGAAUUCAUUAACACAGGUCUAUCUCUGCAACUUGCUUUGAUCUCGUCUUGGGUAUCUGUAGGUUUCUGGAUAGCAAUUGUUGUGUACACUUCAACUCGGGCAUACAAAGAAAGAGAUGUUCUCACAUGCUGUGGAAACUGACCAAAUUAUCAUUUAAUGAUUAUUUACAAUGGUCAACACAAGUUAAGUCCGAGGCUGUUUAAUUUGACAGCAAUUUAAGACAUUGUUUAAGAGGAUGUAUCACUUUAAACAGUAUUUAUGAAUAUGAUUUUUCUUAAGUAUAACUUAAAGUGUGUCUUAAAAUUUAAGUAACAUUUAUGUAUAAGGCUGCUGUUUUCAGAAAGACUCCCAAAUAUUUAUCAUUAUUAUCUAUUGUAUAAUGGUACAAUUCGUUAAACAUUAUGAUAAAAUAACUAGUCACUUUAGUAACAUCACUUUGUAACUCUAAAACUUUUGACUUUUACAACUACUUUUUUUUAAUAGUUUUUAUCAUAUAUUGUGUAAUGCAUUGUGUUCAUAAUUUAAGAUUAAGAUUGUUUCUGUACCUAAAGCCUAGUUUAUAGCCCAAUGUUUAAUCUAUUAUCUUUUUAAAUCUGUUUAAUCUAUAUUGACCAACAAUUUUUCUGUUGACACAGUUGCUCUUUUACGUUUUGUUUUGUUUUGUUUAUUUAUGUCGUCUAGUGCCUAUGCGGCGUGCAACUAUCUCUAUUAUGCACAAUACCGUUACGUCGACGGGGCUCUAAGGAGGAAGUAUACUAGGUAAUUGUUCAUCUAUUUUUUUAUAUUGUAAUUUACAACGAACUACCAAUAACGACAAAGAGAGACUGAAAAGACUAUAAAACAAUAAAUGAUAGAAGAAAAAUGCACAACAUAUGCAUGUAUCAAAAAUAUGUAAAGUAAUGUAAGUCAUGCCAAGUUAUUAUUCCACCGAAUAUAUUUUGUUUAGUAUUUAAUUACUUUAAGGAAUUAUGUAACUGUGCCGUCCACUUAAGCUAUAGUAAUUAUAAGUAGAUGAGGGAAUAGUGUCCUUAACUGGGCUAUUAAAUAUAUUUUAUAAUAAUAUAUAAAAGUAUUUUUUUCCUGUUUUAUCAAUUAUAUUUUUAUUCUUGAAA